UUCUCUCCUUCUUACCACUCUCACGGAUAAGAGGCGCAACCAAAGCCCCCUUUGCCCAAAAACCCCACGAGAGCUCCCCUCUAUUGCCGUCCAUGGCGACCACCACUACCCCCUCCUCCUCUCUCACAGCCCCUCUGCUCCGGCCGAGCUCGAACCCGAACCAGGCCCCGAGAUCUCUGCCGCUCCUCAGGAGCCGGAGGUGCGCUCGGGCCGUGGCGGCCGCCGCCGUCGGUGGGGUCGGCGUGGGGCCGCACGGAGCUGCUCAGAGGCGCGGGAUUUGGUCGAUAAGGGAUGACUUGGUGGUGCCGAGGUCGCCCUACUUCCCCGUGGAGUAUGCGUCGGGGCAGGAACGGGGGCCUUCGCCCAUGGUGAUGGAGCGGUUCCAGAGCGUCGUCAGCCAGCUCUUCCAGCACAGGAUUAUCCGUUGUGGUGGCCCUGUGGAGGAUGAUAUGGCUAACAUCAUCGUUGCCCAGCUGCUAUAUCUUGAUGCCAUCGAUCCUAAUAAGGAUAUCAUUAUGUAUGUGAAUUCUCCAGGAGGGUCAGUGACAGCUGGGAUGGCCAUAUUUGACACGAUGAAACAUAUCAGACCUGAUGUUUCCACAGUUUGCAUUGGACUUGCUGCAAGUAUGGGAGCUUUUCUGCUUAGCGGUGGGACAAAAGGAAAGCGAUACAGCUUACCUAACUCAAGAAUAAUGAUCCAUCAACCCCUUGGAGGAGCUCAAGGACAAGAGACUGAUCUUGAGAUCCAGGCCAAUGAGAUGUUGCACCACAAGGCUAACCUGAAUGGAUACCUAGCAUACCACACUGGGCAGCCCCUAGAUAAGAUCAACGUAGAUACUGACCGUGAUUACUUCAUGAGCGCAAAAGAGGCAAAGGAGUACGGUCUUAUUGAUGGAGUUAUCAUGAAUCCCCUUAAAGCCCUUCAACCGCUUCCUGCUUCUAGUUAGCCAUGGAGUGCUCAACCUCGGAGCAUUUUGGGGGAGGGGGGGGAUUAUCUUCUAGAACUGUGAUUGCAUCCAACUGUUUUUUAUUAGCUUGGCAAAAUAGUUUUAUGAUUCCACAUCCCGAGACUUGAAAUGUUGUAUAAUACAGAUGCACUACUAGGAGGAUAUUUAUCUUCUUGAAUGAAUAUUCCGACCUACUAGGAGGAUAUUUCUCUUCUUGAAUGAAUAUUCCGACCUAUUUGAUGCGUUUAGGAGGA